ACUACCCUCCUGUCAGUCUGAAAAUCGCCGCGUAAGCUCGUCGGCGGAGCGCGCGACCUAUGUGUUAAGCUCCGGUAUUGCUGUCACUGCCGUCGCUGUCACAAACCGCCGACGCGUUAUACGUAUAUGAUACACAUCCGUGAGAUUAGGACAUGUAAGCACAUAUAUGCAUAUAUACAUACGUGAUUACGCAACACGCGAAUACACAAACACGCGUGACCCGUGUGUCCCGUUGGUGUGAAUUGCGCGAGUUGCGUUCGAAAGGAUUUAGCUACGACCAGCAGCGAAUUGGGUGACACGAGCUGACUUACAUUUGCCUACUCUCGAUGACGUUGGCUCAUCCAUGUUAAGAUGAUAAUUAAACGCUGAAGGACCUUCCACUUGCAAAAGUGGAUUAAGAGGAGAUGAGUGCUCGUGAAAGUUGAAAGGGAAAACCUACACAACGAAUAACAACAGCCUGCCUCCAUUGCGACCAGCCACAUAUCUCACGUUAAGAUGACAUAGAAUGGGUUGGGUGGCGCUAGGGCGGUGUGCGGGUGGUGGCGGCCGCCUCUCGUCCAUCCUUUCGCUGUCUCUUACCUCCCUCGCGAGCUCCCUCAUCUUCACUUUCCUCUGUAUCCUCACACUUGCUUUUACUCUCGUCACUCUUACGCGUGCCGAAGACAUCUUCGAAGAGGGCAAGUCGGACAAGGAGAUUCUGGACAACUUGUUGCUGUCGACGCGUUACGACAAGCGGCUUCUACCCCCGGUCGAAGAUGCUGAUUUCUGCUGUGGAAUGAGAUGGCCUGGUGACACUACCGGCUUGACAAACCAGUCGUCGAUCUUCUCUAACGACCUCCAGAACCAGAACAAGAACCAGAACAAAAACCACUAUACGUCGCACCAAUACCUUCGCACUCACCUUCGCGGAAUAUUGACUGUAAACGUGAGCGUGCUGCUGUUAAGCUUAGCUUCUCCAGACGAAUCCAGUCUGAAAUACGAGGUGGAAUUCUUGCUACAACAACAAUGGUACGAUCCACGAUUACGUUAUAGUAACAAAUCCAGAUUCGAAUUUUUAAAUGCGAUUCACCAUUACGAAAAUAUCUGGUUACCGGAUACAUAUUUUAUAAUGCAUGGAGAUUUCAAGGACCCUAUCAUUCCCGUUCACUUUGCCCUGCGGAUAUAUCGCAACGGCACUGUCAACUACCUUAUGCGGCGUCAUCUUAUCCUAUCCUGCCAGGGUAGACUUAAUAUCUUCCCCUUUGACGACCCAUUGUGUUCAUUCGCGAUCGAGAGCAUAUCUUACGAACAGACAGCAAUUACGUAUGUAUGGAAAAACGACGAGGGUACGUUACGAAAAAGUCCAAGCCUAACGUCACUAAAUGCAUAUCUCAUUAAGAAUCAGACAAUCACAUGUCCGAUCAAAGUGAGCUGGAGAGCUGAUGGACAAAUUAUGGUCGAUGAGGACGAGUUCGAUGAAUUUGGAGACUCUAAGUGCUCGCUAUGCCAGCGCAGGUUUGAGGAGCAAGAAUUGCAUUACGGGUCUUCGGAAAAGGAAUACCGUAAUUACAGCUGCUUGAAAGUGGAUUUAAUCUUUACGCGAGAUCGCUCUUUCUAUUUUACCACGGUUUUCAUCCCGGGCAUUAUUUUGGUAACCAGCUCUUUCAUCACAUUCUGGCUUGAAUGGAAUGCCGUGCCGGCGCGAGUGAUGAUCGGUGUAACAACAAUGCUCAACUUUUUCACUACGUCGAAUGGCUUCCGGGGAACGCUGCCCGUCGUUUCAAACCUGACUGCCAUGAAUGUAUGGGAUGGCGUGUGCAUGUGCUUCAUCUACGCGAGUCUUCUCGAAUUCGUUUGCGUGAACUAUGUCGGUCGCAAGCGACCGAUGCACAACGUUGUCUAUCGUCCAGGCGAAAACCCCGUCACCCAGCGGCUCCCAGCGGUACUCAGCAGGAUAGGAAUUAUAUUGGCCAGCCCUUUGAAGCGGGAAGGAGGAACUACUACCGGUGGUACUACUGGAGCGAACGAGAUUGUCACUUGCACUAAUUGUGGACCUAAUCCUUGCACGCACACGGCAACGAAUGGUUGUACUGCCGAACUACGGAAAAAAGACCCGCCGCAUCCAAUUAGAGUGGCAAAAACAAUUGACGUGAUAGCCAGGAUCACUUUUCCAGUCGCCUAUUUCAUGUUCCUCACUUUUUUCUUCAUUCACUAUAAGGGCACCUCGUAGAGAGCGACGCACAACGAUCCUCGAAAGAUCUCUCAUCAUUGGUAUGAGCGACAACGAAGCCUCGUCAUAGGCAACAACAAUGCUCAGGCCAUGGGGAUUGAAUCUACAGUGAGCUUUCUCUCAAGAACAGAAAUACCUCUAAGUGUAAAUAAAGAUAUCGAUAAUCGUAUGAAUUUGUGAUGAUUGGAUCUUCACUGCGAAGAUAACGAUAACGUAACUCAACACGCAAAAACCGGAAUUUUUAAUGGAAAAUCGUGAAAUUAUUCGUCUAUAAUGAACAACAAGCCAGAUCAGCCGGAUUAGCUUGAAUAAGUAAUGUUUGAUAAAUGAAGAGGAGAGAAAAAAUAUGCUGAUGGAAUAUAUUCGCAACCUAAGAAAGAAAAGAGUAUCCACGAGACAGAUUCGUCUUUGUUUAUUCUUCAUUUCUCUCACGUGUGAUAAAUUUUAAAAGCACUUCUUUAUGGAGAAAGUAGAUUCACGUCCGCUCCGCAACUAUGAACAGCAGUCAUGUUAUACAUUUAUCUCUGUUUCUUUUUCCUCUCUUAUAUCUUUAGAAAUAAUAGAUAAGAUGCCGCCGGCGAACGCUUCUCAGUCAAACCAAGAGAAUGACGCUUAGCUUAGUUAAUAAUGAUUACACAUAAUAUAUAAAAUAUUAUCAUUGCGCCUAAUUCGAACAUCCUUAUCAGGCAUAUGAUAGCGAAAUAUCCGCAACCAAACAUUAAAUGUAGAAUGAUAGGAAAAUAGAGAGAGAGAAAAGCGACAAGUACAGGAUAUUUCACAUAACAUGACCCAUUCAUGUUCUUUAACAAAUAUUGAAACCAAUAAAUAAGCGUUUUAAAAUGAUCAAAGAUAAUAGAUAAUUAUAGAUAUAUAUAUAGCUUUCACUGUAAUAUUUACAUUUAUACAUAAAUAAGUGAACGGCUCAUUUUACGUGUCAAGUAUUCUGUCAAAUCGGAUAGAUGUUAUUGAACGGAAAGCCGAAUCGGAGGUGAAGACUUUUUGGUGAAAAUAUAUACAUUUAUCAUAACGUUUUGUGUACGUUGAAACCCAGGGAAAUUGCCGCCAUUCAACUUGAUAGAAAAUGGAAAAUAUAAAGUGCAGACUCUUGUUCACUUUAUAUGAAAAAUAUGGUAAAUGCUAGAGGAACGAAAAAAGCGAUUCGCAGUCGAUUUAAUGCGUCAUAUGCACUGCGGAAGAAAAACAUCACCUUGAUAUUACUGAAAGUAGUAACAUGCAAUACUCUGAUGUUUUCUUCUCAGAAUACAUUGAUCACAACUAUUUCUAUGACACAUGUCGAGCGCUGUCGGCUAAUUCGAAAUUUCUACUUGUAGCCUGCAUACUAUUUUAGGAACAGCAUAUGCUAUGCUAUGCUAUACUAUUAUUAUUAUUACUGCUAUUUUUAUUAUUAUCGUAAAAUUAAUACAUUAUUAUACUGUUACGGUUGCUAUUCUAUUAUUGUAUUAUCGCUACUACUAUACAAGUCACUGUUGUAAUAUUACAGUACUUACAAUUAGAAGAGACGCAAUGUCGGAGGCGCUUUUAAAUGCGCAUCCUCCAUUUGUACUGAUUGAGUUAUACUUAUCGUGUCUAGCAAUAUCAAAAACCAACAGACCAAGAAAAUAUAAACCGAAUGUAUAUACCGGGAAUAUGUUUCGGUAAUUCACUCGAGAUACACUAGAUAUUACUUAUAAUUAUAAGGAGAUACGACCGUCUUGCUGUUGUUAUUGCGCUAUUCGCUAUUGAAUACGAGGAAAAAUAUUAAUAUCAAUUAAAAUAUUAAUAUACAUUUCUCAAUAUAGUGGAACAUGUGGACACACAACACAAGCGCACGCACGCACGCACACACGCGUAUAUACGGACGACGAAUGCGCAUUCAAAUUCGAAAAAAAACAUGUAUAAGAAUCGAUAUAUCUAAUGGCGGUUAGCACUGAUCUAAGUUUGUUAUAUAGUAUGAUGAAAAAAUGUCAAGAUAUACAUAUAUAUAUAUAUAUAUAUUAUCCAGUUAACAUAUAAAGUUCACCCAAAACUCGAAUUAUUUUUUUCUCUUACUUAUCUCUUAUGUUUAUACAAUGUAAGAAAUCUUAUAGACCUUUUUUUUUAAUACUAUAUUUAUGUUGUUAUUACUGUGAUUUAAUAUUAGGAAAAGUGUUUAGAGAGAUAUCCCGUAUAUAUUGCUAACUGAGACGUCCACAUAUAAGAAGCCUGAACAAUAAAUAUACUCAUUAAUACAGAUCUCGUCUAACUGCCAAAGGACUUUCAUUCUCACUGGCGUAUAGAUGUAUGUAUUUUUCUCUAACUUCGAAAUCUUUUAAUGCACAUUGUAAAACAACAAGCAUCGUUUUUUGAAAGAUUGUGCAACUCUAAUUAUCGAUGUCAUCUUCAAAAAAAAAAAAAAAAAAAAACGCCCAAA